GUGAUCAGGUGCACAGUUGCACAGAACAGAUAAACAGCCUGUGUAAGAGAUAAGGAAACACACACACCGACACCGACACCCACCGAAGCACAGCCCUGACACACACACAUCAGCCUUCCCUGCAGGACAAAAGAUGCCCUAAAGUUGCCUGUGAUCGCUAGUCACACAUUGGAGUGAGGAGGAGAUGCGGAGACCAUCCUGAGAGAGGAAGCAGCACCGGAUCAGGUGUUGGGAGCAAGGGUGUGUUUAUAGCAGUUCCUUUCCCAUUGUCUGCUAUAUUGUCUUGGGGGUCAAGAUGGCAGAAGGUGCAAGACUGCGGAAUAGUGCGGAGAAGAUCCCGGAGGAAAAGGGACAGGACUCUGGAUCGAGUUCUGGUGAAGCUGGCGGUGUAGCUCUGAAGAAGGAGAUUGGGUUGGUGAGCGCCUGUGGCAUUAUAGUGGGUAAUAUUAUUGGCUCUGGUAUAUUCGUAUCUCCAAAGGGAGUGAUGGAGAAUGCAGGUUCUGUGGGAAUGGCACUAAUUGUAUGGAUUGUAACAGGAGUAAUCACAGCAGUAGGAGCCCUUUGCUAUGCAGAGCUCGGGGUCACCAUCCCAAAAUCUGGAGGAGACUAUUCAUAUGUUAAAGAUAUCUUUGGUGGACUAGCAGGGUUCCUCCGACUGUGGAUAGCAGUCCUGGUAAUAUAUCCAACAAAUCAAGCAGUUAUUGCCCUGACAUUCUCCAAUUACGUCCUGCAGCCCCUCUUCCCUACAUGCUUUGCACCAGAGUCUGGACUUCGAUUGCUGGCUGCAGUCUGUCUAUUGUUGCUGACAUGGGUGAACUGUGCCAGCGUGCGCUGGGCAACUCGAGUGCAGGACAUGUUUACAGCUGGAAAACUUUUGGCACUGGGUCUAAUCAUUAUCAUGGGAAUUGUGCAGAUCUGCAAAGGAGAAUAUUUCUGGCUGGAACCAAAGAACGCCUUUGAGAAUUUCCAGGAACCAGACAUUGGCCUCAUUGCACUAGCCUUUUUGCAGGGAUCCUUCGCUUAUGGUGGUUGGAACUUCCUUAACUAUGUCACAGAAGAACUGGUGGACCCCUACAAGAACUUGCCCCGUGCCAUCUUUAUCUCUAUUCCACUUGUCACCUUUGUGUACGUUUUUGCCAAUAUUGCCUAUGUGACUGCCAUGUCCCCCCAGGAACUACUGGCAUCCAAUGCUGUGGCUGUGACAUUUGGUGAGAAGUUGCUAGGUGUUAUGGCCUGGAUCAUGCCAAUUUCGGUGGCUCUCUCCACUUUUGGGGGAGUCAAUGGAUCUCUCUUUACUUCAUCCAGAUUGUUCUUUGCCGGAGCCAGAGAGGGCCAUCUCCCAAGUUUAAUGGCAAUGAUCCACAUCAAGCGUUGCACUCCUAUUCCAGCACUGCUCUUCACUUGCAUCUCCACUCUGCUGAUGUUAGUGACCAGUGAUAUGUACACUCUUAUCAAUUAUGUGGGCUUCAUCAAUUACCUGUUUUAUGGAGUAACAGUGGCAGGACAGAUCGUCCUACGAUGGAAGAAACCAGACAUUCCUCGGCCUAUCAAGGUGAAUCUGAUUUUCCCAGUGAUCUACCUCCUAUUUUGGGCCUUCCUACUUGUUUUCAGCUUAUGGUCAGAGCCUGUGGUCUGUGGAAUUGGCCUUGCAAUCAUGCUUACUGGGGUGCCUGUCUAUUUCCUGGGAGUGUACUGGCAGAACAAACCCGAGUGUUUUAAUAAAUUUGUGGAUGCCAUGACACGAGCUGGUCAAAAGCUAUGUGUGGUUGUCUACCCUCAAAUGGACAAUAAAGAUGAAGAUGUGAGUGAAGAGACCAAAGAGCAGAGGGCGCCAAUCUAUAAACCAGGCUCUGAGGAAGAAAGUGGAGCACAUGCCUGAACUCAGGAGCAUUUAGCCAUCUCCCUUAACCCCCUCCCCAUGCACCCGCUGUCAAGACCUCAGUGUACAGAUCUGCAAAGAUGGAAGGAACUUGUGUGAAUGCAUAAAUGUGCAUAUGAAAGUGUGCGUCUGUGUGGGUACCCCUGUGCGCCCCUCUGUGUUCCUAUUCAGUACUAGUUAUUGCACCCUCGUCCUCAGUAUAACAUUUGCCCCUUGGACAUGUAAUAUGAUUUGAAGUUGUAGGUGUAUAGUUGUCUGUAUCAGUUACAUGUGCAGUUUUGUCUGUGCUUUGUACUGUUGGACAUUAAUGUCAGCCACUCCUGUGGUGUCAUAAUUAGCAGUGUCUGAUGUCUUCGAAUGAAAAAAAAACGAAGAAAUAGCAACUCUGCUCAGCGUUGUGGAAUAUUAUCUGUGUACCUUGUGAAUGUGCAGAUCUGAGGUCUUGGCUUGCAGCAUAUGUAUCUUCCUCCUGCCCACCCAUCCCAAUAUUGGCAACAUGUUGCUCCUUGAAGGUUACAAAUCAUUUGAAAUGUAAAAGACUGCAGAACCUAUGGAACUUGUAUUUUAUUAUUUGAACAAUGCCAGAUCCUAUAUUUCACAAAAUCAUGGAUUGUGUAUCAUUUGGCUGCUCUACACUGCCUGUUUAACUAUCUCCAACACAGACUGUGCUGAUGGAGCUGGGCUAUCACCAGACAAUCAUGUAACAGGACAAACAUGCUUCUCUUGCUGAAGAUUUCCUGUGAAAGCAACAGGGACUUUAAUGCAUGGUUCUUACUGCAAGUGGAAAAGUGUGAUGCCAGCACACUCUAGUGUAGUCUCAGGUCUUUCUUUACCAAUCAAAUACUUUUUCCUACUUGACUGACCCAGGUUACUUCAGGGUAUUCUUAGACCUGCCUCCAAUCCAAAGCUGCGAUUAACUGUAAAGUUCUGGGACCCUCAAGUCCUUUAGUACCGAAUUAACACACUCCAGAAAUGCUGGAUGAUUUCCAGAAUGCUCUACAUGUUUUAUAUGAUAUAUAUAUUUUUUAUUUAGGAUUUUGUCUUUGAAUGUAAUAAAAUGAAUCUUGUGCCUUUUUGGUGAAACGUCA